AGAAAAAAUAUAGGAACUGAUUCUUUCGCUGAAAGAAAACUGAAAAAUGAUUUAAUUAUUGUUCACAGAAAUUUAACUAUGCUACAAAACCCUUUGGUGAUCCUCAGAGACAAGCUGAGGCCGGAACAAAUAUUUGAGAGUUUGGGAUAGUUUUGGAUAAGUUUUGUCUGAUGCUUUAGUUCUAGUUUUUCUUUUUGCUUGGCUGUUUUGUGAUGAUUACGGUGUUGGGCAGAGGUCUGUGUUUUAUAUGUGACUGCAUUUUCUAAAGGCUAUUGAACUUUAUGACUUUAAUAUUUUAAAAUAAUAAUUCAUUUUCUUUCCUCUUGAUUGGGGCUCUUUGAAUGCAUUUUCAAAAGAUUGAAAAAACCGAAUUAUCAAAUAACCGGAUCACUGGAAGGGUCAUAUGGUCCAAAAGAACAGUAGGAAUAAAUACAUGUCUGAAAUUUGCUGUCGGAUAUAUGUGUACUUAUUGAACAUGUGUUGAUUGAUUAUUUUCCUUGGAAGAGCUUGAAUCUGUAAAAAUCAUGGCUACAUAAAUAUUUUGCUUGUGACUUUGUGUGACUUAUUCCUUCCUAGAGACGCAGAUUCUUCUCCCCAACUCUCAUUCCAGCUCAGCACCACACAUUGUCUACCGCAGCGGAGAGGGUCGCACUCCAGGGUCAUUAGUUGCUCUGAUCAGCCGCAACAAUGAGUGACCUACGCUUGCUCUCGACUGAUGCACUGAGCAGAGGGCUUUGGUGCUUGGUGAUUCUAACCAUGCCCAUAUAUUUCACAGCAGCGAAAGUGUCCUCAUCAUCACCGAGCCUGGAAAACGAAGCUUUGAUUGUGAACUGUCCGGUUGGCAGAAGUUCCCUUCUCCCCAGGGAAUGGUAUUACCCGAAAACAAACCGAAGCAUCCCCACCCAGAGUAGUAACAGAGUCUUCGCCUCAGAGGGGAGGUUGAAGUUUCUCCCUGCCAAAGUGGAAGACUCUGGAGUUUAUACUUGUGUCAUCAGAAGUCCCAGCAGGAAUAUGACUGGCUAUGUGAAUGUCACCAUCUAUAAAAGGCCCACAGAUUGCCACGUUCCAGAUGAUGUGAAGUACGCUACAGUCACUGUAUCAGAAAAAAAUCCCAGAAUAUAUUGUCCCAACAUGUACCCCUACAAUUGGACCGCACCUUUUCAGUGGUUUAAGAACUGUAAAGCUCUUCAAGGACCAAGGUACACGGUACACAGGUCGCAUUUGUUUAUCCAUAACUUGGGACCUGAUGACGAAGGUGAUUACACGUGUAGAUUUACACACAAUGAGAACGGAGUCCACUAUAAUGUGACAGCCACCAUGUCGCUGGUUGUUAAAGAUAGGCCAGGGACAUCUAUGUUUCCAGUGAUCACAGCGCCUUCGCAGAACGAAACAAAGGAAGUGGAGAUGGGGGAGGCAGUGAACAUCACCUGUGUGGCCUGCUUUGGGACACGGCCGCAGUUCUUCAUGUUCCUCCUGUGGCAGGUGAACGGGACUAAUGUCAACGACAUGGGGGUAGCAAGAUUUCAAGAGGAGCAAGGGGAAAUUCAAAGCAAUAAUAUGCCCUGUCUCAGGGCCGUGUUGAAAAUAACUGAAGUGAAGGAAGAAGAUUUGUCCCUGGAAUACAGCUGUCUGGCUUUGAAUUUGGAUGGGUUGAGACAGCGCGCUGUGAGGCUGAUAAAGAAAAAGCCAAUCUUCCAGCAAACACUCUGCGUUAUCACAGGACUCCAAGUUCUCCUCAUCUUUAUUGUGGUGAUAGCCCGGAAAGUGUUCUGGAUUGAUCUGACUCUACUCUGGAGAGACAUAGCCAGACCUUACAAAACACGGAACGAUGGAAAGCUCUAUGAUGCUUAUGUCGUAUAUCCGAGGGACUACACAGGCGGUUCCGAGGGACCCAGCUCUAUGGAGUACUUUGUCCACGAGAUGCUGCCCAGUGUUCUUGAAAAUAAAUGUGGAUACAGCUUAUGCAUUUACGGGAGAGAUCUGCUCCCUGGAGAAGAUGUGGCCACUGCGGUGGAGUCCAGCAUCCGAAAGAGCAGGCGGCACCUAUUUGUCCUGACGCCGCACACAUCACACAGCAAGGAGUUCGCCUACAAGCAGGAGGUGGCCCUGCACUGUGCCCUCAUCCAGGGCGACUCCAAGGUGAUUCUGAUUGAGAUGGAGGCAGAGGCUGAACCCAGAGGACUGCAGGCUGCAGGGCUUCAAGACGCCCUCAGCCACCUCAUGCGGGCACAGGGCACCAUCAAGUGGAGGGAAGACCUCGUGGCCAACAAGCAGUCCCUGAACUCCAAGUUCUGGAAGCAUGUGAGGUACCAAAUGCCAACGCCAAGCAGACCCCCGCAAAGAGGCUCCCGGUGAGGCCUCCCGGUGCAGGAACAGCAGUGAUGCUCCUUCGGUUGCAGGUGGAGCCCAGGAUCCAGCACACACUAGCUCCACGCCAUUACCAUUGAACUAGGUCCCCAUUUUCGUGCUGUACCACUUCUAAGUGCUCAGUGGUGAGGGCUACAUUGUUUCAAAACAGGAUCUCAAUUUAAAAAAUGAGUCUUUUUUAAAUUAAAAAUUAAAAAUCAUUUAUAUAGAUAGAAUUACACAAUAUUAUGUGGCACAGCUUAAAUAUAGAGCCCCUACCCAAGGCUCAUACCUGGAGGGUGCUAAUAUCAUUGAGGAGUUUGUAGCCUGAUGGGUGUUAGGAGCCGGGGCCUAAUCGGAAGCGCCAGGUCAGCAGGGCAGGCCUUUGAAGGGCGUAUCUUGGCCUGGCUCGGGGAUGGAGAACCGUUUAGAGCCUUCGGUAGUAAGAAGCAGCCUGCAGUGGCACACGUUCUGUAGGCUCACCCCCACUGGCCUAGCUCCCUUCCUGAUGCUGACUCUUCCUUUCCCUUUGCUGUCCUCUGCCACGAGGUGACGUUUCCUCCCACCCUGCCCUUCCACUGUGAGCAUUCUGCUUCACCACAGGCGUCAUGCAAACGGAGCCCACUGACAAUUGGCUGCAACUUGUGAAACCCCGAGCCGAAAUAAGCCUUUCCUCUUUUAAAUUUUGUAGGUCACAUAUUUUGUACCAGCAACAGAGAGUGAAUUUUAUGUUUUCUACCUAAAAUCAUAAUAAAAAUUAUUGGCAUGUCAUUGAAUUUUUUAAAUUUUAAAAAUAUUCACAAUGUUCCAUUUUAUGGCUGUGCUACAUUGGAUGGAACUGAAAAAGCCUUAAGUAUAAAUAAUUAUGUCAUUAUAAAUAAUUCUACCCUACUGUUAUAUCGUACACCUCUCAAUGAAAAUGUUGAUUAAAAAGUUUGAGACUAU